AUGUCGGAUCUCGAUGCUGACCUCUACGGCGAUUUGUACGGAAACGACGACGGCGACAACGAGCAGCCGCUAGAAGAGCACGACACAGGCGCGGACCUGUCAGCGGACACACCCGCCGUGAAAACGGAGGCGCACGAUACAGGCCUCGGGCACGGUGUCUCCUCAAAACCCGCUUCCUCAAGCGCGGAAAAGCCGCAUGCGAACGGCACCCAACAACAGCAACAUCAAGCCUCCACAACAUCAACGACAAAUUCGUCUGCUACAUCCACAGCGACUAAUGGCUCCGCACAGCAGCAACAGCAGCAGCAGCAGCAGCAAUACGCACAACAAGCGCCGCAGCAGAUCCCGACGUACGAGCAGCCCCUGCAGAACGACUACCGCGACUCGUCGGCGCCGCGCGGAGACGGCGGUCUCGGCGGCGCAGGGGGUGGUGGGUACCAGAAUAUGUCGGCUGGAGGCGAAAGGUCUGUGAGGCCGUCUGAGAUGAAAGAUGAAGGGUAA